GUGAACUUGACGCCGGCCUUAUAAAUCAAAAUAGAAUAUUACAGAUGGAAGCGUAUCAUGUUAUUCACUUAGCCUACCAUGGAUGAGAAGUGUUUUUUCCCACUUUUUAUGAAAACCCAUAGGAUUCUGCAGAACCCCUGUGAUUUUCCAUAGCCCUUCUACACACACUGCAAUGCGCUCUGUCCAUUGUGCUGACACAGCACAGCAGAGAUACAGAUUUUGCAGCAACCUGUCACUCAUCAUUAGAAUAUUUUUGCUGUUUUUAUAUAGGGACAUAAAACUAAAACUGAGGGGGCACAAGUUUCAACUGAGGGGGCUAAGCCCCCUUUUCCCCCCUCAUGGAGCCAGACCCGCAUACGUUCACUUUAUAGUAUCUCAUUGACCACCCAUUUGUAGCUGACUGAAAAAAAUGAUAUCUGCAUGUUCUCUUUUUAAAAUUUGUAUUUUAUUUAUUUAACUAGGCAAGUCAGUUAAGAACAAAUUCUUAUUUACAAUGACGGCCUACACCAGCCAACCCCUAGUAGUGCUAUACACUAUCAUCAUUCAUUUAAACUUCCCCCAACAAUGCACAUCUUUAGCGCAUGCAAAGCUGAGCAUUCUUCUCUUGCUACUACACUUCUACAGACAGACUGUGUCCCACAGGUAGAGAGGGUUGGGACGAGAAUGUUAUCCACUUUCCUCAAAGAGGAUUACAGCCUCAGGCAGCUUAGCUUCAUAAAGGGUGAGGGUAAGGAGAGCCCUGUUGUCUCCAGCAGCCAUCUGUCUGCCCAGUGUAGAGCUGAGAGGUGUUGCUCUCAUUGAAGUGAAGAGGGACUUCAGAAACUCUUGGAGGACAGUGGAAGUUGAUAAAAAUGCUUCUUUAUUGUUAAAACCAACACAUUCUGGCCCUUAACUGUCAUCAGGGUUGCUCUCACUCACAUAAGAGCUGAUGGAUGGGAUGCUAGGAGUGGAUGUGUUUCUUUACCCUGAUGGACUGAGAAUUGCUACACCAGAGGAUAUUAGGCAAUGGGAGCUGGAGACCGCCAGCCAGGUGUCCAGCCAGGUGUCUCAGGAACCCCCCAUCCGACUCUUUGUGGCUCUUUUCCCAUACAACCCUGCUGCGAUGUCCCCAAACCCUGAGACCGCUGCGGAGGAGCUCCCUUUUGUGCCAGGACAGAUCAUCAAGGUGUUUGGAGAUAAAGACGAUGAUGGUUUCUACCACGGAGAGUCUGGUGGUCUGUCUGGUGUCGUGCCUAGUAACAUGGUAUCUGAGAUCCCAGUGGAUGAUGACUACCUCAAGCAUCAGCUCAUGCAGCAGGGUUUCCUGCCUGUCGACCACACAGAUCCCAGUGAGGAGUCCAGCGUGCUGGAUGACUUGGUCGUCCGCAGGAUGGUGGCCAUCUUUGAGUAUGACCCUUGGGAAAGUUCCCCCAACAUGGACAGCGACGCUGAGCUCGCCUUUCGUGCAGGGGACAUAAUAUAUGUGUUUGGUGAUAUGGAUGAAGAUGGAUUCUAUUAUGGGGACCUUCAUGGGCUGAGAGGUCUGGUGCCAUCCAACUACCUGGAACCACUACCAUGGGAAUAGGAUUACCAAGGAGCAUCCGAUACAUGAGAUUAUGCCAAGAAUCAGAAUCAGAUACAAAUGAACAAAAACACUUUUUCAAGGAUAUCUGAAGGGAUAUCACUGUGUCAAAGAUCAAGAUUUUGUCAUGUUUUUUCUUCUGCAUAAAUACAUGUGACCACAGAAAUCUCCUCAAAGAUUUGUAAUGAUCAUGGAAUAGGGGUUUUAUGAACCGUGUGCAGGCUAUCACGCACAGUAACGCAGUAGACAGAUUUGUCCAAAUAAAUCCUAUGAACUACAAACCUUUUGUUGGACAUUUUAAGGUGCAGUAAGAUUGGCCAAAAUAAUGACAUCAUGGUUAUCGUAUUAAAUAAUGCUUUGUCAACAGCUAGGGUAUUGUAGCCUUAAAAAUAUGAUUUUUAUUCUCACUUUGCUGAUGGGGAUGUAUGUUGUAGUUAUGCCUAUAUUUGCCUUACUACACCUUUCUGUUUAGGAAAUAUCCAUGCACAUUUUAUAGUGAAGGCUGUGAGAAAUCUUUCCUGUUAGAGAUAUUAUUUUCUUCCUUAGUAAUAUGCACAAUUGUUUUUUUUUAAUUUUGGUAAAUACCAACUGAGAUUCUGAUGGGAACAUUGAGCACGUUGAAUGAAGAUAUCUAUGCAGAAUUUAGCAGUACUAUUAAACUGUUCAUAUUCUGAAAA